AUGGACUCAGACAUCGGGGUUCCCAUCGGAGCGAGGGUCACCGUAACACCAACUGGUCAGCGGUUACUGGUGGACGAUGAUGGAAAGAAGCAGAGCCUGUCCCAGGAGCAGGAAGCCUCUCUCAGGAUCAUGCACCCUACGUCAGUGGAGGGUGUGGAUGACAUGAUCAAACUGGGUGACAUGACCGAGGCCGGCCUCCUCAGGAACCUGCUGCUCCGACACAAACAAGGCAUCAUCUACACCUACACAGGCUCUGUGCUGGUGGCAGUGAACCCAUACCAAGAUUUCCCUUUAUAUUCAGUUGACCAGGUGGCGUUGUACCAUGGUCGAAAGCUGGGGGAACUCCCUCCGCACAUCUUCGCCAUCGCUGAAUCCUGCUACUGUAACAUGAUGCGCCAUCUCAGGAACCAGUGCUGCAUCAUCAGCGGGGAAUCAGGAGCAGGAAAGACAGAGAGCACUAAGCUGAUCCUGCAGUACUUGGCAGCAGUCAGUGGUGAGCUCUCUAAACAGCAGAUUGAACAGCAGAUCCUGGAGUCUAACCCAAUACUAGAAGCGUUUGGAAAUGCAAAAACAGUCCGCAACGACAACUCCAGUCGCUUUGGGAAAUAUUUGGAGAUCUUCUUCAAUAAGGACGGAGCAAUUGAAGGUGCUCGCGUGGAGCAGUAUCUUCUGGAGAAGUCUCGUGUCUGCCGUCAGGCCCUAGAGGAGAGGAAUUACCACGUAUUUUACUGCAUGCUGGCAGGAGUCACAGCAGAGGAGAAGAAAACAUUGAGCCUUGGAGAUGCUGUGGAGUACGCAUUCCUUUCUAAGGGCGGCCACACCGUGUGUGAAAGCAGAGAUGAUGCUCAAGACUUUAAGCGUAUUCGUUCUGCGAUGAAAAUCCUGACCUUCUCAGAAAGCCAGUGUCAGGAAAUCCUCAAGCUGCUGGCAGCCAUAUUACACCUGGGAAACGUCUGCUUCCAAGCCAACACACAAAAUAACUUGGAAACCAGUGACAUCAGCAAGUCAGAACACUUCAGCAUAGCAGCAUCAAUACUGGAGGUCAAAAAGUCUUCCCUGGCGACGAGUUUGACACAUCGUACCUUUAUGACCAACAGAGAGAGAGUGACUAAACCCCUCAGCUCUGAACAGGCGUCUGACUGUAGAGACGCCUUUGUCAAGGCGAUCUACAAUAAGCUGUUCAUAUGGAUCGUUGAGAAAAUCAACAGUGUCGUCUAUAAGAGGUUAACCAAAGACCCCAAAUCCUUCCUGUCCAUCGGCCUGCUCGAUAUCUUUGGCUUUGAGAACUUCAAAACAAACAGCUUCGAGCAGCUGUGCAUUAAUUUUGCCAAUGAGAAGCUGCAGCAGUUCUUUGUGGGCCACAUCUUCAAGCUGGAGCAGAAGGAGUACCUGAAAGAGGACAUUGUGUGGAAUAACAUCAAAUUUAGUGACAAUCAGAACGUCCUGGACAUUCUGGCUGUGAAACCCUGUAACCUGCUGGCUCUGAUCGAUGAAGAAACACAUUUUCCAAAGGGCUCAGACUACACUAUGCUGAUCAAGAUGAAUGGACAACACCGUGGGAACAAGACUUACAUUGCCUCCAAAAGUGAACAUGACACAGACUUUGGGAUUCACCACUUUGCAGGCGUGGUUAACUACGACUCCAAAGGGUUCCUGGAAAAGAACAGAGAUGCUGUCAGUUUUGACAUAAUCAAGAUGGUUGAAAUGACCACCAAUAAGCUGCUUCGUCAGAUAUUUGAGAGUGAGCUUUCAACCAAUGGAGUGAAGAUCACUAACAACAAGAAGGUCAUCAUUACACCUAAGAGCUCUCUACGGGCCCAGGCUGACAAACGUAAACAAGUGGCAACGCUGAGCGGUCAGUUCCGUCAGUCUCUGGACUCCCUCAUGAAGGCUCUGUCUGCCUGCCAGCCUUUCUUCAUCCGCUGCUUCAAACCCAACAAUGAAAAGCAGUCUAAGACUUUUGACAGAGAGCUGUGUAUGCGUCAGCUGAGAUACUCCGGCAUGAUGGACACCAUCCGCAUCCGGAAGCUGGGAUACCCAAUUCGCCACACCUUUGCGGAAUUCCUGAAGCGCUACAGGGUGCUCCUGAUGACGACUGUCUGUGACCCCAAAACUGCGACAGCUGCAGCCUGUUGUGAAGCCAUCUGCCAGACAGUGAUCGAAGGAGCAGACGAGUGGAAAAUAGGCAGGACCAAGAUCUUCCUGAGGGAUGCCCAUGAUGCCGUCCUGGAACGACUAAGGGAACAAAAACUCAGCAGGAUAGCUCUGGUGAUCCAGAGGGUCAUGCUGGGACACAAAGACAGAAAGUCUUUCCUGAAGAAGCGGAGGGCAGCUGUGGUGUUGCAGAAGCACUGGAGAGCUUACAGACAGGAGCAACUGCGAAGAAAGCUCCAGCACGGCUUUGAGCGGCUGGCAUCAAAGAUCCGCAGUCGGAAGCUACGGCUACAGUACCUAAGACAGCGAGCAGCAGCCCUCACCAUACAAAGCCAGGUUCGUGGCUACCGGGCCAGGAAGGGCUGGAAGCAGAAGAGAGAGGCAGUCAUACUGCUGCAGGCUUACAGCAGAGGACUCCUGGCCAGAAGAAGAGCUCAAAAGAUGAGGGGUGAUGCCUCCCUUUUACACCUGGAGAAAGAGAAACGAGAGCAGAUUAUUUUGGAGCUUGAGGAGCGUCUGAAGGUUAUCGCCUUGUCACAACCAGCUAAUGAGGAGCCUGAGCCAAUCGUUGAACACGAUUCAGUGGAGAGCACGUAUGAUCUUACGCCACCUGUGGAAGUGGUAGAACUGAAAGCACCUGAAUCUGAUCAUUUUCAGAGGAGGAUGGUGCCAGAGCCGGUGAAGGAAAUCUCUGAUGAGAUCUCAGAGCUGGAAAUCAUCGCUGCAGCCUCAAUCUCAACAACCCCUACCCCAUCGCUGGAAGAGGACGAAGACGACGAGUUUGAUGACGGCAGUGAUGAGUUUUCGUUCUACAAAUUCAGUAGCCUUAACUUCCAGAACAACCACAGCCACACGCACAUCAACCAGAGAAUCAGGCAGCCUCUUUUGCCCCACGAUGACGAGGGCGACAUACUGGCAUGUCUGACUGUAUGGUGGAUUAUACUGCGUUUCAUGGAGGACCUGCCGGAACCAAAAUCUAUGGACGCGAUGUCUCAAUCCUCCACCAUCAUCUCGCGUAAUCUGCCUCAAAGGCAGGGCAGGAGGCUGAGCAGCCUGGUGGGACUGGAUCAGAAAAUACUGAGGAAGCACAAGAAAAAGCUCGGAGUUGGAAACAGAAAAGCUUCUGUAAUUAUUGAGGAGCCAGAGAACAUUACAGAGGACGAGGACAUUUUGGUUGGAGAGGGUCCGACACUGGAUCGGCCACUUACAUCCGUGGAAAAACUACACAUUAUCAUCGGAUACGCUCUAUCGAGACGAGACAUAAGGGAUGAGAUUUACUGCCAGAUCUGUAAGCAGCUGGUGAACAAUAGGAACAAGAGGAGCCGUAUGCAAGGCUGGACCCUUCUUUCCAUCUGUCUCGGGAUCUUUCCCCCAACAGACCUCUUCAUGAAGUAUUUGGAGAAUUUUGUCCACAGGGAGCCAAGUGGUUAUGGAGAAUACUGUACUGAGCGCCUGCGUCGUAUAAUAGCCAACGGAGAAAGAAAAGAGUUGCCCUGUUGGCUCGAGCAACAGGCUGCCAAAUCUAAGGAGCCCAUAGAUGUGUCUGUGAAUCUACUGGACGGCCGCAAUAUCAUUGUACAGCUGGACUCGGCUUCCACCUCUGCUGAAGUCUGUCAAGCUGUGGCUGACAAGAUUGAUCUUCGAGACAUAUAUGGAUUCUCCCUGUACAUCAGUCUCUAUGAAAAGAUGUGGUCUCUGGGCAGCUGUGGGAAGCAUGUGUUUGACGCAGUGUCUCAGUGCGAGCAUGAGAUGAGGAGGCAGAGCAAAGAGGAGAAGGACGCCCCCUGGCAGCUCUCCAUCCGCAAGGAACUGUUCACACCCUGGCAUGACUGCUCAGUUGACCCAAUCAGCACAGAUCUAAUCUACAGACAGGUCAUCAAGGGAAUCAAGUCUGGAGAGUACAUCAGUGACAAGGAGGAUGAUUACGUCCAGCUGGCAGCAAAGCACUAUUACAUCCAGUUUGGCUCUGCAUACAACAAAGACAACGUCCAAAAGGUGGUUGAGGAGUGCAUCGAAACCACGCUUAUUGAGAACAAAUCUAUGACAAAGUGGAUCCAACUCAUCAGCGAAGCACACUUACAGGGUCCCUAUGUCAACGGAAGGCAGAAAACAGACAGUGUAAAAGGAGAACUGGUCAACAGCGCCCAACACAUAUGGCCUCUGCACUUCUCUAAGUUUUAUGAAGCUACAAUGAUGUCAGGACCUCCUUUGCCUAAAAGCAGGUUUGUUGUGGCUGUAAACUGGAAUGGCAUCUUCUUCAUGGAUGGAAGAGACAAGAGACUCCUUGAGCUUUCCUACCUAGAGGUAAAGGACAUACACAUGAUCAGUGACAGCCAUGUCAGUGCUCAGUCAGUAAGUUUGGCCACAGUCAAAGGAGAGUUUGUGCUGAAGUCUGGGGAAGCUGUGGACAUGGUUGCAGUUAUAGAGAAAAACCUGAAAGGGCUGAAACAGCGCUCAGUGUAUGCACUGGCUCGGCAUGAUGCCAGUAAACCAGAUGACCCCACGUUCCUGGUUUGUAAACGAGGGGACCUGCUGUUGGUAGAGAAAGAUGACGAAAGUUCUUCUGCUGAGAACUUGAUCAAAGCAACCAACAAUCGGACCAGCGCCACCGGUGUGGUCUCCAAGGAUACAGUGCAGUUUCUGCCGACUCUAGAGAAGCCCACUAGCGAUUUGCUGGAACUGAUCAGCCCGGGCCAAAGGAAACUUUCAAUAGCACAAAACACCCCACCAAUUUACGAAACAGUGGCUCCUGUCUCUUUAAAAGAGUUUGCACUUGAGAACUUCAGGACUGCAGGCCCUGUCGGUCGACAUGGUGUGUCCAAAGGGGUUGGCAGGGAGAAGCUGUGGGCUAGUUCAAGAGAACCUAUCAAACAGCCGCUGAUGAAGAACCUGGUCCGCAACUCUGAACUCAGCAACGUGGCCUGCAACGCUUUCACUGCUAUCCUGAAGUACAUGGGAGACUACCCCAUCAAACACGCUCGCAGUCCUUUAGAGCUGACUGACCAGAUCUUCGGUCCAGCCACCGAGCAUGAAGCUCUGCAGGACGAGAUCUACUGCCAAAUUAUGAGACAGAUGACCAACAACAACAACAGGUUGAGUGUGGAGCGUGGGUGGCAGCUCAUGUGGCUGUGUACAGGCUUGUUCCCGCCCAGUCCGGAUUUAAUGAGACACACUCAGAGCUUCCUGGAGUCGCGGCGCAGAGACCAGCUGGCUCCUGACUGCCUGCAGAGGCUGCGUGCGAUGCGCAGUAAGGAGCCCAGGACGCUUCCCUCCCAUUCGGCAGAAGUGGAAGCCAUCCAACAGAACAGCACCCAGAUCUUCCAUAAAGUCCACUUCCCAAAUGACACAAGUGAUAUAUUGGAGGUGAAAUCGACGACCACAAUCAAAGACCUGUGCUACAGUAUUGCCUCUAAGCUCAAACUGAGUUCAGCUGACGGAUAUGGCCUGUACCUAAAAACCGCAAACAAGGUCACAAGCUUGCAGGAGCAGAAGUAUUUUUUUGACAGUUUAAGGCAGACUUCAGAGUUCCUAAGAAAGGAAAAAAAAGCGAAGGAAGGCAACCAGGCCAACGUGCCCUACCUGGUGAUCUUUAAGAGGAAGCUCUGGUUCAACGUGAGCCCAGGGAAAGACCUGGUUGCAGACUUCACAUUCCAUUUCCCACAGGAGCUUCCUAGGUACCUGCGUGGAUACCACAAUUGCACCAAAGAGGAGAUGAUUAACCUGGGUGGGCUACUCUUCAGAGCCAAAGUAGAUUCAGACAGGUCGCAGUUUGUCAUGAUCCCCAGAAUGCUGAAGGAUUUGGUUCCUGCUGACCAGUUAAAAAUCAUGUCCCCUGAAGAAUGGAAGAAGAACAUCAUCUCUGCCUACAACAAGCAGAGUGGCAUGACUUUGCUGGAGGCCAAAGUUGCCUUCUUGAAAGGCAUUUCGGUCUGGCCAACCUUCGGCUGUGCCUUCUUUGAAGUUAAACAAACGUGUGAAUCUAGCUACCCAAAUACAGUUUUGAUCGCCAUCAGCAAGCAAGGUGUCAGCUUAUCAGACCCAAAUACAAAGGAGCUGCUGGUUAUGCACCCGUUCAGCCGCAUCACAGAGUACCAAAGCGAAGGCGGCUACUUCGAGAUGACCAUCGGCACCUUGGUGAGGGGCAACAUCUUUGUCUGUGAAACCCCUCAGGCCGACACAAUGGAGGACCUUCUUAGAUCCUAUGUCACCAUGUACGAGAGGCAGACGGAGGCCUUUCGAACAAGGAAUACCAUGUUUUCCUGAAGCUUUAAGGGCAAAAGAAUAGACUGAGCCGCUGUGAUUUAUAUGCACUCUUGAUCAAUAUAUGUAUUUGUGUACUUGAAAUGGCGUAUUUAACCCCAAUAGAGAUUGCUUCUACUAAACAAGAUAGAGAUAUUAAAAUGUAAGUCAUGUAUGUAAGUCAUGUAUGUCAUAUUGUCAUUUUCUUUUGUCUUGACUGCAAUUCCUAAUGUGUCAUCAAUUUAGUGGUAUCAACUUUUAACAUGUCCAUCAUUGAGUCAUUUAU